GUUUUGACGUCACACGGUGUUGACAAUAUUAAAAGCGCAAGUUGGAAUCAAUGGAAUUAAGUCAUUUACCGAAGAAAAUAGAAUUUCAGAUAAAAUAUUUCUCCUCUCAGUACAGUUUAUUAAUUUAUCUUUUUUGAUUUGCUUAAAUAUUGAAAUUUUUUUUGAUAAUGAAUCCUGUAUUUCUACAAAAACAAAUUCGAGAUAAUGCGACAGAUUUACAAGAUUUUUAUAAAGAAAUCUCUGAAUGGGGAGAAGAAAUGAAACAAAAAGAUAAAUUAUUAUCGUCUAAACAAAAACAUGAGGUAGAUAAAAAAGAAAGCCGUAAGAAGCCAAGAAAAGAAAAAAUAACAGAGAAGAAAAGUCGUAUUCAGGGUUUGGAUUAUUCUUCUUGGGAUAAAUAUGAUGUGGAAGCAGAAUGUGCUAAAUUAGAUGAAGACAAGUACAAGCAUGACAGUAGUAGUGAUGGAUCAGAGGACUUGUCAGAUGAAUUUGAUGAACAAACAAGAGAACAAGCCAUUCUUGAAAAAGAAAAGGGCAAUAAAUUUGUUAAAAGCCAAAUGUGGGAUGAAGCAAUUCUAUGUUAUACGCAGGCCAUUAAAUAUUAUGGUUAUGAUCCCAUUUUUUAUGCAAAUAGAGCUUUAUGCCAUCUGAAAAAACAAAAUUUUAAAGCUGCUGAAAGUGAUUGUACAGUAGCCCUACAGCUUGAUAAAACUUAUGUGAAAGCAUAUCAGCGCAGAGCAGCAGCAAGAGAAAAAUUAGGUCAAUUACAGCAGGCUCAUGAUGACCUCCUUAAAGUUUUUGAUUAUGAAUCAAACAACAAAGAAUCAAAAGCAGCAUUAGCCAGAAUAGAGAAACUCAUGAAGAACUGUGGGAAUAGGGUUCCUUCUUCAACAGAAACUACUAUUCAAAGACCUAAAUCAAAAUUUACCAUUUCGCGAAGCAAGCAAAAAGAAAAAGUUGCAAGUUCAUUACAACCUCAAGAAGUGACUCAGUUAAAACAAGUAUUUCCAAUAGAAUCGGAAAAAAGUGACAACGAAAAAGAUAUUAAAAAUAUUUGGUUUGAUAAAAAGGAUGUGGAAAUUGUACAUCCUGUUAUUAAGCCAGCACAUUUGCGAUCAACAAAAGCAUUAAAACGCGUUGAAAUAAGAGAAACAAGUGGUUUAAAGAAAUUUAAGGAAUCGACAAAAAAUAAGAAAGCAAAGAAUGAGUCAUCUUUUCCAUUUGUUGGCGAAAAUAGUUCCUUAAUAUGCGAUAAUUUAAGAGUUAUAGAAAGAAAAGUAACUGAAUGUGAUCCAAUAAAAACAACCAACAUUACUCAGGAAUCUCAGUUUGAAACAAAAUCAGUGAUUGAUGGUGAUAACAAAUUGUCUUUCUCUGUUCCCCAAACUUCUGUACAAUUUUUGGGUGAUUGGACAAAGUUGAAAAAUGAUUCUGAAAAUAGAUGUCGUUAUUUGAAGAAUAUAAAAGCAUCAAAUUUACCAAACAUAUUCAAAUUUUCACUGGAAAGUGAUAUCUUUAGUGACAUAUUAAAAACAAUUGCAGAUGGUUUCAUUGGUGAAGAAAGUUAUGAGUAUUUAAUGGCAAUAACUAAAGUUAAAAGAUUCGCAACACUAGCUAUGUUUAUGACACCAGAAGACAAAAAAUGUGUGAAUAACGUUAUAGAACGUCUGAAAUCCAGUGGUUUAAUUUCUAAUGAUCAAAUUGAUAAUUUAAUUAAGAAAUAUGAAAUUGAUUAAGUUGUUUGCUAAUUUGUAAUGCAAGGUAUCUCUAUUUAUUAUGUAUAUAAAUGAAUUCAAAU